UUGUUUUUCUGACAUCGUCCGGAAAUAAAUUGCUCGGAAAAAGUGCAUAUAUUGUGUUCUUUGAUUCGGUUGAAACUGUUGAUAAAAUUUUGGAACCAAAUAUCUUGGAAGCUAUAAAAAAUGAAAAUCGGCUGGACCAAAAGGACCAUUUAGCUUUAAAGAUGAAAGAUGUAUUUUUAUUCAAAUAUCAGCUUACGUACUAUACAAAACCGCUAAUUAUCAUAACUCUCAUGGUGUUGAAACAGUGGGGAAACAGCACAAUCAAACUCCUGACACUUUGUCGGCGUGUAGAAGAAAUAAAUUUAUUGAUGUUUUACAAAACUAGAAUCAACAGUGAUGGUGUGUCUAUUGUGGAUGUUAAUAUUGUUCAAACUAGAAAUCGAUUUCGGUUUUAUUGUAUAUUGUUGACUAUAGAACAUUUAGAUUUUUUGGGCCACAAACUUUAUUCUAUUAAUUAAUUAUCGCGUUUGAUUCAUUUGAUAAUGUGCGAUAUUUCCAACAAUUGUUUAUGUAAACUUCCAAAUUUGCUGAAAAUGGUCAAUUUAACAGAUUUAAA